AUGAACCACACCCGGCAACGGUUAAUACGUGAGCUGACUGCGGCAAGGACCACGUCCGUACAGCUGCAACAGCAACGCCUUCGGCAGCAGUUCCGUUGCAACAGCACAGACAGACCGAUCCGGUACACACACUCUACCGCCUCCUGUCCGCACAUGGUGGAGGCGCUAGAUGUCGCCGUUGGAACCAACAGCCAGCAAACGCCCGUCAGCAGUGCACGUGGUGCGAUCCGGCUGGAGGAUGCACGACCCUACUCGGAGGUUCCCGGUCCGAAGCCACUGCCGAUAUUGGGCAACACCUGGCGCGUUUUUCCCAUCAUCGGCCAGUACAAAAUAUCGGACGUGGCAAUGAUAUCGUUCCUGCUGCACCGUGAUUACGGCCGGAUCGUGCGUCUCGGUGGACUGAUUGGCCGUCCGGAUCUGCUGUUUGUGUACGACUGUGACGAAAUUGAGAAGGUGUAUCGUAAUGAGGGCCCAACACCGUUCCGCCCGUCCAUGCCGAGCCUCGUGAAAUACAAAAGCGAGUUGAGGAAAGACUUCUUCGGUGAGCUGCCCGGCGUUGUCGGAGUGCACGGUGAACCUUGGCGUGAGUUCCGUUCGCGAGUCCAAAAACCGGUCCUUCAGCUCUCGACAGUCCGGCGAUACGUUGCUCCGUUGGAGCAGGUAACCGAAGAGUUCAUCGAUCGGUGCCAGCAGCUGCUGGAUGAUCGCCAGGAACUUCCAGACGAUUUCGACAACGAAAUCCACAAGUGGUCCCUCGAAUGCAUCGGACUGGUUGCGCUUGACGCACGACUCGGUUGCCUUGAACCGAACCUGGACCCCAAAUCGGAACCGCAGCAGAUCAUCAACGCGGCCAAGUACGCGCUCCGGAAUGUGGCCACGCUAGAGCUGAAGGCACCGUACUGGCGUUACUUCCCAACGCCCGUCUGGUACAAGUACGUCAACAACAUGGACUACUUCGUAAAAAUUUGCAUGAAGUACAUUAAAAAUGCCACCCAGCGGAUGCAACUGAACGAAGGACGUGCUCUGGAUGGUGAACCAUCGCUGUUGGAGCGUGUCAUCAAGAGCGAAAACAAUGAGAAACUAGCCGUCGUCAUGGCGCUGGAUAUGAUCCUAGUUGGCAUCGAUACGAUUUCCAUGGCCGUGUGUUCGAUCCUGUACCAGCUUGCGACACGACCCGCCGAGCAAGAGAAGCUGUACGAGGAGCUGAAGCGGCUAAUACCGGAUCCGAAAACCCCACUCACGACCCAGCUGCUUGACCAGGCGCACUACCUGAAGGCCUUCAUUAAGGAAGUGCUGCGGGUGUACAGCACCGUCAUCGGCAACGGCCGCACGCUGCAGGAGGACACUGUCAUCUGUGGCUACCGCAUUCCGAAAGGGGUGCAAUGCGUAUUCCCGAAUCUAGUCCUCGGCACGAUGGAAGAGUACGUGUCCGAUUCCCAGCAGUUCAAGCCGGAACGCUGGCUGAAGCCGGCCCAGGGUGGUUCCGGUGAUCGGCUGCAUCCGUUCGCGUCACUUCCGUAUGGCUACGGGGCGCGUAUGUGUCUCGGACGACGCUUUGCCGAUUUGGAGAUGCAAAUACUGCUGGCAAAGCUGCUGCGUUCGUUCAAGCUCGAGUACCACCACAAACCGCUCAACUACGAAGUAACGUUCAUGUACGCGCCCGAGGGUGCCCUGAAGUUCAAAAUGACGCCACGAGAGCAUUAGGGGAUAGGUCG